AGCCAAUUAGGAGAAUUGGAUAUUGAAUGGCGGCAAAGAAACACCAAGCUGUAGUUCUUGGAACGUCAUGGGGAAUCAGAAGCAGCUUCCGUUCCCUUAUUGCAUUCCUGAUCACCGCCCUAAUCAUCACCGCCGUUUAUCUUACCCAAGACAGCAUUGGUAGAGUCUUGGAAUUAGAUAGAACCGACGGUUUACAUGAGCUUUCAGAAUGCAAUUUGUUUUCUGGUAAGUGGGUAUUCGAUAACCAAAGUUACCCUCUAUACAAAGAGCAACAGUGCUCGUUCAUGUCUGAUCAAUUGGCUUGCGAGAAGUUUGGAAGAAAGGACUUGAGCUAUCAGAACUGGAGGUGGCAACCUCAUCAAUGUAACCUUCCUAGGUUCAAUGCAACAGCGUUGCUGGAGACGCUAAGGAACAAGAGGCUUGUGUUUGUUGGAGAUUCCCUGAACAGAAAUCAGUGGGUUUCGAUGGUCUGCCUAGUCGAUUCAUGGAUCCCUCCAAAGCUUAGAUCCAUGCACAACAAUGACUCUUUGAACAUCUUUAAGGCCAUUGCAUACAAUGCGACGAUUGAGUUCUACUGGGCCCCAUUGCUAGUGGAAUCAAACUCCGAUGAUCCGGUGAACCACCGGAUACCAGAUCGGACAGUUAGAAUCAAAGCAAUUGAGAAGCAUGCCAGGCAUUGGACCGGCGGAGAUAUACUGGUGUUUGACUCCUACUUAUGGUGGAGAAGGCCCAGAAUGAAAGUUCUGUGGGGAUCAUUUGAAAGCCCUGAUGAUGCUAUCUAUAAAGAAGUACAGAUGCUGCGUGUAUAUGAGAUGGCUCUAAGAACGUGGUCUGAUUGGGUGGAAGUCCACGUUGAUAGAACCAAGACCCAACUGUUUUUUGUUAGCAUGUCACCAACUCAUGAAAGGGCUAAAGAUUGGGGUGGUGGUGAAAACUGCUACAAAGAAACGGGAAAGAUUUCAGAAGAGGGAUAUUGGGGAAGUGACUCGGAUCCAAAGAUGAUGCGUGUGGUUGAAAUGGUGCUGGAGGAUUUGAAGACAAGAGGUCUGAAUGUACAAAUGCUCAACAUUACACAGCUCUCAGAAUAUCGAAAAGAAGGCCAUCCAUCUAUCUAUAGGAAGCAGUGGGAACCCCUAACGAAAGAGCAAAUAGAAAACCCAAGCAGUUAUGCAGACUGUAUACAUUGGUGUCUCCCUGGAUUGCCCGAUGUCUGGAACGAGCUCCUGUAUGCUUAUAUUGUUCAUCAAUGACAAAUUCGAUUUGGAAUAAAUUAGUACUUCUACAGAAAUUUCA